AAUUCAUCCCAAAUUCGAGUGUGUUCUCUCAGUAGAUUAAGUUCUGUGCGGUUAUAAUUGUUUGCUAAGAUGCAGGAGUCUCCAAAUUUUCACGAUAAUAUUACGCUUAAGUUGACAAGCGAGCAAAAGCAAUAUGCGGCGAAGGUUUUAAAUGAAUCUGACAAAAAUCGAGAAAAUGCCAUCGCGGAAAUUAAAUAUUGGAUUCAAGAGAGCGACAUACGUGCACGAACUGAUGACUUUUUCAUUUUGCGAUUUUUGAGAGCCUGCAAAUUUAAUAUCGAGAAAACUAAGACAAAAAUGCAAAAUUAUCAAAUGCAACGAGCUAAAAUACCGGAGUGGUAUGCGGAUCGAGAUCCACUACAACCGAAAAUGCAGGAAUUGCUUAAUUUGGGAAUUUGUUUACCCUUGCGAAAAUUGGACGAUCAAGGAAGAUUGGUAAUCGUCAUUCGCCUUGUGUAUGAUCCACACGUAUUUACAUUAGCAAAUGCAGCUAAGGUCACAACUUUGGUCGCAGAUGUGAUCUUAAGAGACAGCGUUGAAACAUCCUUGUAUGGUUUAGUACUAAUUAUGGAUUUAGGAGAUGUAACUUUGCGUCACGUCGCUCAAUUAACACCUUUCGUUGUAAUGAACGUGAUUCAUGCGUAUCAAGGUUGCUACCCCGUAAGAAUACAAUUGCUCAACUAUAUCAACGUGCCGGGAUAUGCUAAAUUUAUUCUGGAGCUUACCAAAUAUUUUUUGAAUAAAAAACUGAGGGAAAGAUUUCAUUUCUAUUCGCGCAAGACAACACAUGAUUCUUUCAAAGAUGUGCCAGUUAAUAUUUUACCGGUAGAAUAUGGCGGAACUGAUGGUACAAUUCAAGAAUUAAUAGAAUUUUGGAAGAAAGUAGUUGAAGAGAAUCACGAAUGGAUUAUCGAUGAUGAAAAAUAUAAACCAAUUUUGAAAAGUUCUGCGAUUAUUGUUACGAUGGCUAAAUCUCAAAAUUCGUCCGAUAAAUUUCUGCUUAAGUUGAUGGGUGAGCAAAAGGAAUACGAAGCAAAGGUUUUAAAUGAAUCUGACGAAGGUAGAGAAAACGCUAUCUCGGAGAUUAAGCGAUGGAUUCAAGAGAGUGAUUUGCGCGCACGAACUGAUGACUUCACCAUUUUGCGAUUUUUGAGAGUCUGCAAAUUUAAUAUCGAGAAAACUAAAACAAAAAUGCAAAAUUAUCAAAUGCAACGAGCUAAAUUACCAGAAUGGUAUGCAAAUCGAGAUCCACUACAACCGAAAUUACAGGAAUUGCUUGAUUUGGGUAUUUGUUUACCUUUGCGAAAAUUGGACGAUCAAGGAAGAUUGGUAAUCAUCGUUCGUCUUGUGCAUGACCCACACGUAAUUACAAUAACAGAAGUAGUUAAGGUCUUCUUUAUAGUCAUAGACAUAAUCUUAAGAGAUAGCGUUGAAGCAUCCUUGUACGGUGUAGUACUGAUUGUGGAUUUAGGCGGUGCAACUUUGCGUCACGUCGCUCAAUUAACACCUUCCGUUCUAAUAAACGCGUUGCACGCGUGGCAGGGUUGCUACCCCAUAAGAAUGAAAUUGCUCAACUAUAUCAACGUGCCGGAAUAUGCUAAAUUAAUUCUGGAGCUUACCAGAUUUGUUUUGAAAAAAAAACUGAGGGAAAGAUUUCAUUUCUAUUCGCGCCAGACGGCGCAUGAUUGUUUCAAAAAUAUGCCAGUUAAUAUUUUGCCGGUCGAAUAUGGCGGAACUGAUGGUACAAUUCAAGACAUAAUAGAAUAUUGGAAGAAAGUAGUUGAAGAGAAUCGCGAAUGGGUUAUCGAUGAUGAAAAAUAUAAACCAAUUUUGAAGUAGUCAUCAAAAUGGAAUGGAAUAAACUAAAAUAUUUAUAUACACAUUACUAUGUUUUAACGCACACCGCAAAAAUAUAUUUUGAUAUUUUGGAAAACAGGAAGUAACGGAGAAUAUAAUUAAGAAAUGUAGAAUUAAUGGGCUUGAAAUAAAUUAAUAUCUU